AUGAAACACGAUCCACCGAUACCAGUUUUCGGAAACCACAUGCAAGUAAGUCUCGCCAGGCUUACAGAAACUGAAAAAUUUACUUACAUUUAUAACAAAUUUACCACUGAAAAAGUUGUCGGAUACUAUAGAGGUAGUAAACCAGAGUUCGUCGUGAGGGAUCCUGAUAUAAUUAGAAACAUAUUAAGUGUGAACUUCUUGGAAUUCCACAACCGUGGACUGAGGUGCGAUUCUAAAGUGGAUCUAUUAACCUUAAGUAUGUUUUCGGAGCAAGGAAAUGUGUGGAAGCUAUUGAGAAACAACUUGGCACCAGCAUUUUCAUAUAGUAAAAUUAAAGCUAUAUUCCCGAUUAUCGUCAUUUAUACAAAACUUGCCGAACUUGCACAUAAUCUUGCUGAAAGAAGAGAUAUUUGA